AUGAUAAGUCUGGCGGAAAAGGGAUUUCGAUUACGAUCAACACCGGGAGCCAGAAGUCGACUAUCACUCUCGCCACACAUUACGGAGAUUUCCCCCGACAUUCCCUCGUUUCCACCAAGACCAAUUCUUUGCAGUACUCCAAACGAACGCGGAUAUCAGGUAGCCCCACGUCUGCGCGCCAUCUAUUCACCACCGAGGCGGCGAAAUAAUUCUCCACAAUCUCAAUCUCUUAUCACAAUCAAUUUCUUUCCAUUAACGGGUUAU